GUUGUGUGGUGGUGCUGUUGUUCAACUGGAAUUUUGUCAGGUGGUCUUUCAAAUACAACUUCCUGUCACAAUGCAUCAAAACAACUCCUGAACAAAAGCAGACCCUGACCUGUCUGACGUUGUCUCCUUUGCACGUGCAACCUUUUCAUCAACCGGCCAAAUCUGUCGCCAUCUUGGCUCACUAACUGGCACAGUUGAACAGCAUGUUCCAGCUCCCAUGUUGGCGUCCCCAUUGCUCUGCCCACUAGUGGGCUUCAGUGGGCCGACAAAGCAUGUAACCCAUUAAUUAACACACGAUAUCCAGUGGACCCCUCGCCUCGUUGAGGUCUGCUACACGGGAAUUCACCAUACUCGUUUUUUUCCCGUGAAACUUAAUCCUCAGCUAUUUAGUGGAAAACUUCACCUAUUAUCAGAAUCUACAAUUUUUUUUUAGCUUUCUGGAGUGUCCUAAAAGGCCACAAGAUGGCUAAGCCCUUGCUAAUUGGAAAGUAGUAGUUGGUGUCAAGGAAAGUAUGCUGAAGUGACACAUUGUCUGUUCUAAGAUUUUUGUAUGCUGGGGAGGAGCUAGGUUUAGCCUGGGUUGUUAUCACAAAUUGAGUCUAUAAGUAGAGAGUAGGUUUUACACUGAAAUUUUUAUCUAAAUCAAAUUAUCUAUAAGCCAUUGAUUUUAAGGGUAACUUUGUCAGAGUUUGAAAUGAUGUUGAAUUGUUUUGGGAUCAUAGUUUGUGCUAUAUUUACUGUUUAUUAAUAAUGGAAAUUAUAAACCACCUUCUUACAUUCAAGCUUCUCUGACAUCAAUUUGUAGUUCUGUUGAACCUGGGUAAGACAAAAGUGAGAUUUCAUUAAAGGAGCAGGUUUUGAUGAAGGUGUGUGUGAGAAGUGGUGCAUUUUGAAAACUUAAGGCCAAAAGCUUCUUUCUUUGUUCUGUCAGCCAAUCCAAGGUGCCAUUGAGCAGCGAUAGGUCAGAUAUCAGCCUGACCAGAUUAAAAUGUUGUUUGGUCAGAUGGACAGAUGAAAUCCAAGCCUUUAACGGCAAAAUGGUUCUUGUGUUUUAUCUGCCUCCUCCACAAAGUUCCUCAAUCCACUUCCCUCUCCUUUGUGCACAGCUUAUCCUUUAGUGAUGGCAUCAGCCUUAAUAACCGGUGAUUGAUGUGAUGGACCUGAGUGAUGUCGUCAGGGUUUCUUGCUGUUUUUGUGAUCUUUGCUCGUGAGUCUUGAUUGUGCAAAUCAAUGACGCCUUGUUUGGGAUCAAUUACCUUUCUUGGUGCUGUUUUACGGUUUCCACUGUUAUGUUACGAUUCCUUUGCUGUUAAUGUGUUCAGAAAUUAUUUUGAGUGUAGUUAGUAAUGUAGAUACUAAUGGCAGUAAAUCAAGGAAAAUAUUAGUCCUCUUUCCAUGGCUUUAUUAUCUUUAGUUGUUGAUUCACACAGCAAUUUACAUCAUAUCUUUCAACUUGAGUCCUUAAUUGAAUGCACUUUCCAUGUGUCGUAAAUAAGCUAAAUUAGUGGUCGUCAAACUUUUUAUACCCAGUACCACCUCAAAAAACACUUGCAAAAAAUAGUUUCCUGGAAGCCACCAUCAUGACUAACACUGAAAUGUAGCAAAAUAGUAGGCCUAAGUGUUCAUCAAAAAUGAGGCAGAGGUUUUAUUCCUAAAAAUUCUAUUAUUUUAAUCCACUGUAACAUUAUUCAGUUUGAACAUUAACACUGUGCUUCAACAUAGGAAAAGACACAAUAUAUGCAAAUUAUGAUUCAAUUAGUUAAAUACAAAUUGCACUUAAAUGUGUAAACACUGGACAGAUUAAAUGCAAAUAUAUUGUUCUAUUGUACGGUACUUGAAGAUUAAAUACAACUCACUUUACUACUUGUACUGUAUUUGAAAAAUAACAACUGUAUUGGACAUGAAAAGUAAAUGCACUACUAGAUUUAAUACCAAGUUUAAACUGGCUGUAUUCAUAGCUACAAGCUUCUUUCAGGUAUGUUUGAUAUGGUUGAAAUUUGUAUUUAAUUCAGUGAUUCUUUCCCAUAGCACUAGACAGCCUGCAUACCACUAGUGGUACUCGUACCACACAUAAUUGCUGGCCUUAAUGGCUUGGUAGCUAAAUGGUGGAUCUGUUCUGCUGACUGCCUUUUACUUACUGUGCCUCAGCAGUUUAGGCAAGCAUUCCAAUAAGACCUGAUUGUUUUGAUUAAUCUUCUAUUAACUGUAUAAUGUUUGUAACUAUUUUAACCACGCAAAGCACUUUGUGAGUCCUCUCUGUGAGAAUUAUUAAACUGUAUGAAUGAAAUUUACCGACAGUGGUGCCUUGACUUACGAGUGCCCCAACUUAUGAGUAUUUAAUUUUUUCCUGCUAGCUAACACUGAACAAAGCAUGUGGUAAACAGCCAACUAGACUGACUGCAGCUGUGGUCACUUACUAGCCUACGCUUCUUAAAGGCACACAUCAACACACGAAUGUACCACAGUCUGUCUGACUUUCAGAUUAAUUACACUUCAGAAAGCCAGUAUAUUAUUUGUAAUAUAUUUUUAAUAUGUAUAUUUUACAACACAGUUGUGUUGCUGGUUUUCUUUUUCAAAAACGUGUACCAAAAUAAUUGUGUUGGGGGGCUGUAGCAGAUUCUUGACAUUUUACUUCAUUUCAAUGGAGGACAUUGAUUUGCUGUUAAGAGUAAAUUUAGUUAUCAGCCUAAAGGUGGCGACAUUUUCCUUUUAAAACGGCCCGUGUCAUUUCCCAUCACUUGCAUCCAUGUUUUUGAAUAAAAACAAGCAGAUGUCAACAUGGUAGCAUUUUAGACAGUGUGCUAUAUAUUUUGACAAACACACGCAAUCCGUGGCCGCUGGCUCCUACAUUUAUGAGGCUAAUGAACUUGGCUGCUUCCUCCAAUCCGUGGUCGCCGUCUCGCAUAUGAUUAUGCAAAUGAGGCUCGUUUCCAGCCAAUAAGGUGGCUGCUGGCGCUGUUUCCCCCGCUUGCAUCUUGCAGCGAGACAGCCCCCUCUCCUCCUCCUCCUCCUCCACGACCUCAGUCUUUGUGCCCAACCUCAGCGGCCGUGGAGCUGCAGAAUGCGCUCCGGUUUGACGUUUGCACCACCGGAUGUCCUCUUGAGCUGAGCUGGGCCGAGUCGAUGGACGGGAUAGCAUGAAUUCUCAGUGUUACACGGUGGCGAUGGACCUUGGCGUUUGCCAUCUGCGGAAUUUCUCCAUCUCGUUUCUGUCCUCCGUACUCGGGAAGGAGAGCGCGUCGGUCAGGCUUGACAGAAGCUCUUCGGGUGCAAGUGUCGUGGCCAUUGACAACAAGAUUGAGCAAGCAAUGGACCUGGUGAAGAGUCACCUGAUGUACGCUGUACGCGAGGAGGUGGAGGUGCUGAAGGAGCAAAUCAAGGAACUGAUGGAGCGCAACACUCAACUGGAGCAAGAGAACAACCUGCUCAAGAACCUGGCCAGCCCCGAGCAGAUGGCUCAGUUCCAGGCCCAGGUCCAAACUAGCAGCUCCCCCACCGGCGCUGCCCAGCAGCCUCAGGUCCCGGGCUCGGUUGGAACCGCGCAAGCACUCCCCUCUGCACAGAACUCGGGCUCGUCCGCGUAAAGAGGAAAGAUCCGUAAGAUCUGUGAGGCCCCCCCAACCAACUAUGCCACCUUCUCGAGGAACUCCCGCAAGUGUUUUGUUGCACAUUUAAUUUAUUCUGCCUUGUCUCGCAACUUUGACCUGCUCAGACAAUCACAACAAGCAGACAUGAACUGAAACCCGCAAGCAGGCAUUGGCGUCAAAUCCCUCCUUGUGUGACCUGUGGAGCGUGUGCCAAUGUCAGCGCACCACCUCAACCCAGCACACACAUUCCAUUUUUUUUUUCUCCACAUGCACAUGUUGCUGCUAAAGAUAGAUGAAAUUUAUCAGAGGACUUGCGUGCGCCCCCCCAUCUAGAAUGGGAACCAGUCAUUUCCAGUCUUGAUGGUCUGGUUUGAGGCGGUUUUAAGAGAAAAGAUGAACUGUGUUAAUUGGCACCUCACUUUUCACUUGUAGGGUUCGGUGUUCUUCUCCCGUGUUACGUUGCUGUUCCCACCCUCGACGCACCCUCCCCUAUUGGAAGAGUUGAAUAUUCAUGCAGGGAAUCAAUGUUGUUGUUUUUAUAGGGUAAACUGGGGAGGGUUUAGGAUUUAUUUUCUUUGUUUGCUCUUGUGGAUGUAAUUUAAUGUCCUAGUGAUGUGUACAAGAUAAAUAAUGGAGACGAAUAGGAUACGACUGUAGGUUUGUACAUAUUAAAACAUUUCCAAUUCUGCAAAGUGCCUGGUUUUUAACCAUAGAUACAUAUAUAAUCUCUUUUCAGUUAUUUUAUUCAUGUAAAUAUAUUUGUAAAUGUAUAUAUCUAUCUAUGGUUUGCCAGGCUCUGAAGUACCUGUGAUGUCAGCACUCAGGACGGGAACAGAUGAGGAUCAUUUACUUCCACGCUGAACACUGUCUCUCCUGCGGUGACUAUCGUCACUUUGCUCAGUCAAAACGAUACCGACUGUUUCUUUUCUGGGAUGUUUGUCACUUAAAUUGUUUUGUUGAAGUGAAUGAGGAAGCUUUACUUUACUUUUUUUUUUUUUUUUUGUGAUUUUGUGCAGCCAAGCGUUUGUGUUGCUGCUAGGACACUCAAAAGGACACAGGCACACACACUUGGAAAAUGGAGGAAUGCCUCGCAGAAAAUAUGUCAAUCUUUUGUGCAUGUUCCUCAGCCCAUCACAAAUGUGACGUUACAAUUUGCACUAGACAGUUGCACCUCAAAUAAAAGUCAAAACAAAGAAACAAAUGGACUGUUUUUUUCUUUUUACUGGAUAUACUUUAUUGCCUCUCUCUCUCUGAGGAGGGAGAAAAGCAGGCCAAAAUCCAGAUGUCAGGGUGAGAGACUCGGUAGGUAUGGUUUAACCAAAUGGGAGUGUAGAAAUACAUAUUGUUUUAAUCCCAGAGGGUAAAUGCAUGCAUCCAGCCAUCCAUUUUCCGUACCGUUUAUCCUCACUAGGGUCGUGCUGGAGCCUAUCCCCGCUGACUCUGGGCGAGAGGCCGUAUACACCACUGAACUGGUCGCCAGACAAUCACAGGGCACAUAGAAACAAACAAGCAUGUAUAAUUGUUGAAUGCAUUGCGUGUGCACAAAUUCACCUACAUGUAGGCAGCUUCCACAUUUUUAUUAGGCAUGCGCACAACAGCACAGCAGCACGUUCCCCACUGCCCCCACCCUCCGCUUCAAAAUGUCACGUGG